AGACCCAUACGACACAAUGUGGUGAUUCAAACCCGGAACUUGAAUCUUUCUCCUAGUGCACUUGGAGCAGUGAAGAAUUAUGGGUUUGUUAUAAAUUUGAUUGCCGGAGCGUAUAUCGGUGGCUUACUUGUCUCGUUUGGGCUGUUAUACUUCAUGUAUCAUGAUGCUAAUGAGAGACAAAACAUCCCAUUUGAAUUGAGCUUCAAAGAUCAGAUAACGGCUGUGAAAGCCAUUAACAAAGACGACGUCUUGAAGAGUCCACGAUAUGCUGUCAAGCACUACCGUAGGCUUUUAAUUGAGAUGGCUAAAAAGGAAAAUCCUAAUCUUGAAUUUGAUGAAGAAUCUGACGAAAACAGAUACGAAGUUCCUAUCCUCGAUUCCAAAACGUUGGUAUACAAGAAGUCCAGCAGUUUCUCAAACUUCUAUAUAGACAUUGUGAUGAGAUAUGCACGAGCCCUUUUAGCCAAAGGGCAGUUGGAAGCUUCUGUGUACGUUUUGAGAAAAAUUAUCGACGACGACGAGAUCUUUUACAAGCUUGGAGACGCCGAAAGACUUUCUCAAUGUUGUAGACUCUUAACAAGAGUGUUUCCCGACCCGCAAGUAAAGGUAGCGUAUCUCCAAAGAUCGAUCGAUAUGUUGACUUUAACAUUUUCGUCCAUGAAUUUGAACGAAGACUUCUUGCUUCAAGAGAAUUCAAAGCUCACAGACGAGUUGUUGAACUGUCUCAACGAUCUUGCCUUUACCAUGGCUAAAAUCAGUAUCUCCAAGAGCGAUAAAAAGGACUUAUUGACGAAAUCUUUGAACAUCUAUUUGGCCAAUAUUAAGAAAUUGACCGAGAUAAAGGAUAAAUCGGAGCGUGGAGAACUUGUUCAAACAGUAUAUCCUCUCUUCAACUGCGACGAGAACAAUGUAGAUAUUUCCAUUUACGAAAUCAAAGCCCAUAUCAGUGAGAUUAUGUGGGCCAAAGGGUUCAAGAAGAAUGCCGUGUCCUGGAGUGAGGAUAUUGUAGAGCACUUGUACUUUGAUCAUAAUACAACGGCAAGGGUCUCGAUCCUUUUGUACAAUGUGUUGAACAACCUCGUCAAUAUGUAUGAUGGCUUGAAGGAUGUGACGUCGAGACGAAGAUGUGAAAAAUUAAUUGAUGAGUUGGUGGUUUUCAACGAAGACAGUCAGGGUUGGUACGACAGUGUGAUCAAUAGGUUCUCAAAAAUCAUCUACAACCGAGGUCCGUUGGGUAUUAUCGAGAAGCCGUUGCUCGAACGUUUUGGAAGCCCUAAGAGAUUGCCAGAGAUCGAAGAGUUUGAAGAAGAAGAUGUAGAGUGA